AUGGAGUCUUCUGGACUUUUGAGCAUCCUUUGGUUAUUCCUCUUCCUCCCAUCCAUCCAGGGAUCUACAGUGAGUGACUGGCUCUCCCCCAAGAGAUGUCCCCGAAUCAGAGAGCAAUGUGAAUUCCAAGAAAGGGAUCAUUGUACGAAGGACAGACACUGUGCGGACAAGAAGAAAUGUUGCCUCUUUAGCUGCGGAAAAAAAUGUUUAGACCUCCGACAAGACAUAUGCCAAUUGCCAAAAGAAACUGGCGUCUGCAUGGCUUAUUUUCGACGCUGGUGGUAUGAUAAGGAAAAUAACACCUGCUCCAUGUUCAUCUAUGGUGGCUGCCAGGGGAACAGCAACAACUUCCAAUCCAAAACCCUCUGCCAGAACUUCUGCCAAAAAAGGGUAAAAAAAUGUCCCAGAAUCAGAACAAUGUGUGACGCUGAAGAAACAGAUCUUUGUUCCAAAAGCCAACAAUGCCCAAAAGACCAGAAAUGUUGCAAGUUCAGCUGCGGGAAGAAAUGUCUAGAUGUCACACAAGAUGUCAAGUAG